AUGCCUAUUCCUGUCGGCACCGUGCGACAUCGUUGUCGAGCCUUCGAGCGCCGUAUCGCCGCGCACCAAAAUGAGCGCAAUAACAUCCUCAUCGAUCGCGCUCUACGCAACGCUGAUGAGUUGGUACAACAGAACCGCACAUAUGCUGAGCAACUGCGCGUUGUGGAGUGCUUCACUCUAUUAAAUCUGCCUCCGGAUCUCAUAGACUUCAUCCGCGACCAUGAUAAUCUUUACCGCGCAGCAGUCCGAAGCCAUCGACUUGCUCGCACUGCUGUUUCGAGCUCGAACAUGGAUGUUUUCACUCGCGUAGCGCAUCGAAUUGUCCACUUGGGGAAUGUGUAUCAUCUGAAACUCGUGCACGGAACUCGAACGCCUGCUGAGCGAGUGAAGAUUAUAGGGGAUAUUCAAUAUGAGCGAGUUAUCCGAGAGUGUACUGCUGCGCUGACGGAUGAGAUAGCCCGGAUUCUCACUCGUCUGGAAGUCCUCCUGCCAAACACCCAGAUUGAUGUCGAGCUGGAGAAUGUCGGUCCGGAUCACAGUGUCGACGACUUCGGACGAGAGGUUUUGCAGCAGAUCAAGUUCUUCGCUGAUACCGAUGCGGACGCAAACGAUCAUGCGGUUCGUUGCUGCAUCUGUCUAGAUGGGUAUGAUGCGAAGACCCAUACUGGCUUCCUGGUCGCUCAGUGUGGUCACAUCAUCGGCAAACCGUGUCUCUCCACUUGGCUGAAUAGUAUUGCAAAGAACAGCAAUCUCUGUCCUUGCUGUCGCACUCGGCUCUGUGAGCGCCGGCAUCGUCGGCCAAAGCCCCUUGGGCAUCCAGCCCUGAGUGCUGAGCAGCAAGACCUCGCUAGCCGUUUGAACCGUGCGUUGGGUUUGAUGGAGGACACCAGCACGCUGACUGAUGUAAUGUUUGCGGAUAGGGUGGUUGAUGGGCAGUGGUUUGAGGACGCGAUGGUAGAGUUGAACCGGAUGUUGUUUGAGAACGGUGUUAAUCUUGGGUUCAUGAGGGACGGGUUUGAGGGGCUUGGGUGGAGGUUGUGGAGGUUGGAUUGGGCGAGCGAAAUGUUACUGGCGUAG